AUGGCCAAACCCAGCUCCGACGAUGGCAGCCAUGCCAACAGCAAACAGCUAUACAUAUUCAACUUCACUUCCCUCCGCGAUGCAUGGCUCCAAGCCCGCUCAAAGACACUCACAAAACGAGCCAGCCGCUUCAUCGCACCCAUUUUCGGAGCCCAUCCACCGCUCUUUCUGGCGGACGUUGACCACGCGUCAUCGUUCGCCCUGACGCCCGCACAACUCCUUACAUUCAGCUACACCACUUGCGUCUCCUUGAAGAACUUUAUCCUUAUUAAGACGCACUUCUUUGACUACACUCCCGGGGUGGCGGAGAUCGAUCCGGAUACAGGCAGGCGACUUUUGGAAGUUGACGAGUGGGUGGAGCGGGAGACGAUACGGCGGCGGUCGGUGUGUUGCUUGGGGUGCUUGGAGCGGUUUGUGUUUGCGGAGAGGGAGUUUGAUGUGCGGGGGUGGCAGAAGCAUAGGGAUGUGUGUACAGGGAUAGAGGAUAUGAUGUGGCCUUUCCCCAUUCAAGCCACUCUUACGGGAUUUCAGGGUGGCGAGCUGGAUGGCCAGUAG